AAGCGAGGUCAGCGACACGAAGAGUAGUAGUGAGUGGGGCGCGCACAGCUUCUCACUCAGUCCACCGCCGCACUGGGAGGCACACGGUACUUCACUUUGCUUCAACUCAGACCGAACUCCUCACUUUACCAUCAACCUAAGGCGAACAUGGGCAAGAUUAAGGAUACCCGUGAGUACAUGGGGACCAGCGAGCUCACGCAACUGGCCACCUGGAAGGCAGUGGCGGCGGAGGUGGUGGGCACGAUGUUGCUGACCCUCGUGGUGUGUGGCUCCUGCAUCGGAUUCAACACUCCACCCACCAAUGAACAGAUCGCCUUCGCUGUCGGCAUUAUUGUCUUCUGUAUGGUUCAGGCGCUGGGUCACGUGUCGGGAGGUCACAUCAACCCUGCAGUGACCUUAGGAAUGCUGGUUGCACGCUACGUGUCAGUGGUUCGCGCUCUGCUCUACAUCAUGGCCCAGUGUGUUGGUGCCCUGGCUGCCUCUGCUAUCCUGAAGGGCCUCACGCCGACGGACAAACAAGGCAACCUGGGAAUGACGCAGCUGGGUGAGGGUGUGAACAGUGGCCAGGCCUUCGGGGUGGAGCUCCUCAUUACCUUCAUCCUCGUGCUGACGGUGUUCGGGGUGUGUGACGAGCGACGCAACGAUGUCAAAGGGACAGGACCUCUCGCCAUCGGUCUCUCCGUCACCGCCAGCCAUCUCGGGGCACUUCCCUACACCGGAGCUGCCAUGAACCCCGCUCGCUCCUUCGGCCCUGCAGUCAUCACUGGCAUCUGGGCCAACCACUGGGUGUACUGGGCUGGUCCCAUCUCUGGCGGCAUCCUCGCGGCACUCCUCUACACCUACGUCUUCCGAGCACCCAAGGCGGCCAGCUACGACCUCGAGAUGGAUAACUACGGCAAGAGGAACACCCAACCCUGAGGUGUUGGCUGCGGGGGGCAAGUGACGGCGUGAUGGCGGCCUUCAUGGGCGUCUUCGUGUCUCGCGUUCACGCCCACACACCCUCACAGAAGAGGAGGAAUAACCACUACAGAAUGCUGACAGGUAUAUUGAAACACGAGGCAAGCACCACGUCACCAGCCCACACUGUAUCUUCCGUCACCAUCACCACCACCACCACCAUCACAGGAAACACUAUAGCAGAUCUUUCGUGGCGUUUUUUUUUUUCUUUUUUUCUUUCAAUCUAUCUCCACCUACGUAUAUGUCAGUUUAUAUCUGUUAGGUCCAUAUUCUCCUUUUUCCCAGCAUCUUAUCUCGAUUAGUCUUAAGAAGUUCUAAAAUUGAAAGUCAAAAUGGUUUUCAAGGGUGUUUUCAUCAUGUCAUUCAUCUGUCUAUGGUUUUCAAGGGUGUUUUCAUCAUUUCAUUCAUCUGUCUAUCUAUCUAUGCAUCAGGUCAGUAUUCUUGCCAAUUUCAGCGUCUUAUCUAAAACAACAGUCACGUUAGUAUAAACCGCAAAGGAGUUUUCGUAAUUCUAGUGGUAGUUCAAUACGUUAAUGGAUUCUACACUACUGAUGUGAAAACACGCUUGAGAACCACCAGGCGAAUCAUCUCCGUUGCCUUUGAAAACAAUCCUGAUGAGAAAAAGUUUAGAUGACUCACUGUUUUGCUGCCUUUUCUUAACAUUUAUACCACUGUCAGAACUAUUUGGAAGAGAGAACUCACAGGUCGUUAAAGAAAAAGAAAACGAAAGAAAACGAAAAGAAACGUACAUUCAUGAAAAAAUGUCAUUCAUCAUAUACUCACUCAUUCAGAGAGAGAGAGAGAGAGAGAGAGAGAGAGAGAGAGAGAGAGAGAGAGAGAGAGAGAGAGAGAUAAACCAUCAUGAUAUUUUCCAAUCCAUGCGAGUUUCCUUUCUUUCUUUUUUCUUCUUUCAUUCGUUUUUUUUUUUUCGGGGGGGAGGGGAGCGGACUCCAUUUGAUGUAACGCGAAGCAAAUAUUUUUCUUCGUCUCCCGGUGAGUGAAUGGCAAAAUGAAGCUAGCUCGGCACACAGGAAGGAAACGUGUGGAGGUCGGGCGUGACAAGAUUAAUUUGCCUUCGAAUGUUUUCACAAGUCAUGCAUUUUAGAUUCAAAUUUUUCUUCGGCAUAAUAAUCCAACAUGCUGUCAAAUUUUAAGUGUAGGUUUUAUUCUCAUCCCUAUUAUUAUUAUUAUUAUUAUUAUUAUUAUUAUUAUUAUUAUUACUAUCAUUAUUAUUAUUACUAUCAUUAUUAUUAUUACUAUUAUCAUUACUAUUAUUGUUACCAUUGCUAUUUAUGCUAUUAAUUCACGUAUUAUUCACUAUUUAAACUUCACUUAUAUAAUCUUUACAUUCUGAAACUUUGGUAGGUGUGGCAAUUAUUACUAUCAUCAUUAUUUUUCGGAACUGCAAUUGUCAUUUCCUUAUUUCAUUAUGUAUUAAAAAUUCUCUUCCACGCCUUUCUAAACACUCAUAAUAAAAUUGUUGGUCCAAAGUCUACGAUAACUACUGAUCUCACCCAAGGAAAAGUGAUCGCACGAGUCAAUCAAUUUUCGUGCUUCAGAUGCAGAUCUUCCUGUCUUUUUUUGGUACAGCAAUGAUGUAGAAAUGAUGUCACAAAUUUCAAUAACUUUCAUUCAACGUGACACUAUAAUCGUUUCCUUUAAAUUUCACUCAUCAUCGUUUCGAAGUCCUUUUCAUCACUUCUUGUCAGUCUUUUUUACUUUCUAUAAAACUCCAAUAUUGAUUCAAACAACUCACGAUCACAUUUCCUUGGCCGAGUCAUGAUAUCAAUAUUACUGUACCUAUCUAUUCUUAUCCAGCGUUAAGUUUACCAAGGCACGACCUGUACCUAUUAUUAUCACUACUAUUACAUGUGCUAUCCUAUGCAUUACCGCUUUGUACUGUAAACUUUAUGACUGUUUAUGACAAUACUACAUUUACCUUAUCAUUAAGUAACUAUGCAUGAUUCUAUUGACGAAAAUAAAAGCAUAUACACCUAAA